AUGGGGUGGAGCUGUCCUGCCCCCCCUUUUCGCUUUUGCUAUAUUAAAAGAUUUCAGCCCUGAGGUCCUCCUUCUUUCUCUCAGUGGCAUCUCCUUUGCUCCCACAGACAACAGAAAUGACAACUUACACAGAUAAAGGAGAGAAGCCCGAGAGAGGCCGGUUUCUCAAUUUCCAUUCCUUGACGUUCUGGGUUGGAAAUGCCAAGCAGGCUGCCUCGUUUUAUUGCAACAAAAUGGGCUUUGAAGAAUUUGCCUACCGAGGCCUGGAAACGGGAAGCCGAGAGGUGACAUCUCAUGUGGUCAAGCAAGACAAGAUUAUCUUUGUCUUCUCAUCAGCUCUCAAUCCUGGAAAUCAAGAAAUGGGGGAGCAUUUAGUGAAGCAUGGAGAUGGCGUGAAAGACAUUGCCUUUGAAGUGGAGGACUGUGAUUUCAUUGUGCAGAAAGCUCGAGAGCGUGGAGCCAAGAUAGUGAAAGAACCCUGGAUAGAGGAAGAUAAAUACGGGAAAGUGAAAUUUGCCAUUGUUCAAACGUACGGAGACACCACACACACGCUCAUUGAAAAGCUGGACUACAAAGGACUUUUCCUGCCUGGGUUUAAGUCUCCACUUUUUAAGGACCCUCUGCUAAAAAAGUUGCCACCAGCAAAGCUGAAUUUCAUUGACCACGUGGUGGGAAACCAGCCUGACCAGGAGAUGGUCCCAGUGGCGGAAUGGUACCAGAGAAACCUCUUGUUCCACCGUUUUUGGUCUGUGGAUGAUAAGCAGGUGCACACGGCCUUCAGUGCUCUUCGCUCUAUUGUAGUGGCCAAUUAUGAAGAAUCCAUUAAAAUGCCAAUUAAUGAGCCUGCCAUGGGGAAGAAGAAAUCUCAGAUCCAGGAAUAUGUUGAUUAUUAUGGGGGCCCUGGAGUCCAGCACAUUGCACUGAAUACCUCAGACAUCAUUGCUGCGAUCACCAACUUGAAAGAACGUGGCCUUGAGUUCAUGUCAGUUCCAUCUACCUACUACCAGCUACUUCGAGAGAGGCUCAAAUCAGCCAAGAUUAAGGUGAAGGAGAACAUCAGUAAACUGGAGGAACUCAAAAUCUUAGUGGACUUUGACGAGAAGGGAUACUUACUUCAGAUCUUCACUAAGCCUGUUCAGGACAGGCCGACCGUCUUCCUGGAGGUCAUACAGCGCUACAACCAUCAGGGAUUUGGUGCUGGGAACUUCAAAUCUUUGUUUGAAGCAAUUGAAGUGGACCAAGAUGCCCGGGGAAACCUCACCAUCCUGACACCCAAUGGAGAAUCAAACGUCAUGUAAUGUUCCACAGCAAAAGUGGUGGGCAAACGGCUGGGAGAAUUUCUCUCGCUCAAAUCUUUUGCAACAGUAAUUCCAAAAUCAUCUUCCUCCCACCCACCUGGCCUGCUUUUUGAUUGAAUAAAAAGAUUCAAAGCACA